UUUGGGACAGAGAGAGACAGAGCAUGAACGGGGGAGGGUCAGAGAGAGGGAGACACAGAAUCGGAAACAGGCUCCAGGCUCCGAGCCAUCAGCCCAGAGCCCGAUGCAGGGCUCAAACUCACGGACCGCGAGAUCGUGACCUGGCUGAAGUCGGACGCUUAACCGACUGCGCCACCCAGGCGCCCCUAUUCAUUUUUCAAGAGAGAGAAAGAGAGGCAGGGUGUGAGCAGGGCAGGGGCAGGGAGAGAGGGGGAGACACACAGAACGGGAAGCGGGCCCCGGGCUCCGAGCUGUCAGCACAGAGCCCGACGCGGGGCUCGAACCCACAGACCGCGAGAUCGUGACCUGAGCCGCAGUCGGACGCUGGACCGGCUGAGCCCCCCGCCCCAAGGCGCCCAAAGAUCAGCAGAGGCUUCAGCCCCGAGCCCCCAGCACAAGCAGGUGAGCUGCCCGUCUCGCGUGCGGCUCCGUGCACGUGAGGACGGGACGAGGGCCGCGGCGGGCCUGGGGAGACGGGCUGUGGGGUCACGCGUCUGAGAACGGCUGGAACUUGGGUGGCCCCGGGACCCUCUGCCGUUCCGAGACCGUCACACCCUGUUCGGGACUUGCUGUUAGCACACCGGCCUCGCGUAGAUGCCUUCCUGUCAUGGGUCACUGGAGACAUCAGGGCCGCCCGUCCCUCGGGCCACGGGCCUCCGCAUCAGCCCCCACCCCCCCCCAUUAUUUCACUACAUCCGUGCAGAUGAGGACACUGGGGGAGACUUCCGGGCCACAGGGCUCGCGAGCCCACCGAGCCCAGCGCUUCCUGCGGGCCCCGGGGGCCAUCAGCAGUUCGCGACUCGUUCUCCGUCCCGCGUGGCGGCGGCACGGAGGGUCGGGAGGAGGAAGGAUCUCAGCGGCGUCGGGAGCGUGGCCCAGACCCAGCCCGUUUCCCUCCAGCUCCCCCAGAGCUGCUCUUGUCCCCCCGCACGGGGGAGGGUGCUGUCACACAGAGGGGGUCACCUGGGUUUAGUCAGCUAAGGGUCCGCCUUCAGAUUAGGUCAUGAUCAUGUGGUUCAUGAGUUCAAGCCCCACAUUCGACUCUGUGCUGACAGCAUGGAGCCCACACUUGAGAUGCUCUGCCCCCCCCCUUCAAAAAUAAAUGAACAUCGAAAACAAUUAAAAACAAAGAAGAUAAUCAAUACUGGUUCGAUCGAGCCAUCAAGUCAAAUACGCGUGUGCCCCCCAAACUCACGUUGAAAUCCUACCCCCGCCACGAGAUGGUGUUAGGAGGUGGGUCCUUUGGUGGGGGGGGGGGGGGAGGGUCAGGUCAUGAGGGGACAGCCUCAUGAGGGGUUAGUGCCCUCGUAAGGGAGACCCCCGAGGGCUCCCUCGCCCCUUCUGCCACCGCCGGCCCCCCAGUGUCAGGCAUCCAGCCUCCAGACGUGUGAGACAGCUGUUUGCGGUGGGAGCCGCCCGGCACGGUCUGGGGCGUGUUUGUCACAGCGUCCCAGCAGACUGAGACAUUGGGACCCAUGUGUCACACUGCGUCAGGUGAUAACAGCAGGGAACCCCGCGCUCUCUGCUCAAUUUCCCGUAAAACUAAACUUACCCUAAGACCUAAGCUCGGUUCCGUGAAAACGACGAAUACUGCAGAUUUAAUGAAGGUAUUACACUCAGGCCUCAGGAGGGCCUGGCACCUUGCCCAGCCCACCUUGCACAGUGCCCGUGGCAGCCGCCCCCCGCGGAGUCCCCACAUCGUCACCCGGUCCCACCCCAUGUGUUUGACUCCCCCACCUUUUCCCGCCCCUCCCCCGUCUUCCGUGGCUUUGAUUUGGUUUGCUCUCCCGCCAGCGGAUCUCUGCCUUUGCCAGCCUCCAACGAGGAGCCAAGCUCCCCUCCCGUUCUCCUCCCGGCUGCCCACGACUCCCAGCCUGGGGUCCAAGGCCAGGAGCCACGCCAGCAGACUCGUGCCUUGCUGCUCAGAUCACCGUGCACGAGUGUGGCUCCCAAGCAAGCAAAGUACCGGGUGUUGCCAAACCUCUCUUCCCGGGAGCACACGGCUCGAACCUUCCCCUCCUCCCGCCCUGCCCCGUCUUGGGCCCAACGUCCCCCUGGCGAGCCUGAGGAGCUGUCCCCGUGUGUCCGGACACUGUGGCCUGAGGGAGAAGCCGGAACCCCGGCUCCUCUCACGAGCGGCCUCCUGCUGGCCCCCCACCCCGCCUUCCGCCUCAGCCUCCCCGCCAGCCUCUCCCUGGGUGCCCUCUGCCCCUGCCAGCCUGAGCUCGCCACGUCCUGCCCACAAGUCAGGCCGGCUCCCCUCUCCGCCUCGGGCAGGCCCUCCCCUCCCCCUGGCCCAAACCCCACUAUUCAAACCCCUUUCUCCUUCCUUUUUGACGGUUGCUGACGCACGAACCGGGUGCCACCUAAUUCAUCCAUCGGAAGGGCACGGCUGCAUGAUUGACAGCGAUAUUCACAGCUCUCCAACCGCCUCCACGGUUCACCUUAAAACAUUUUCACGGGGGCACCUGGGGGGCUCAGUCGCUUAAGCGUCCGACGUCGGCUCACGAUCGUGAUCUCCGGUUCGUGGGUUCCAGCCCCGCGUCGGGCUCUGUGCUGACGGCUCAGAGCCUGGAAUCUGCUUCUGAUUCUGUGUCUCCCUCUCUCUGCCCCUCCCCCACUCAUGCGCGCGCGCGCUCUCUCUCUCUCUCUCUCUCUCUCUCAAAAAUAAGCAUUUAAAAAAUUUUUAAAAACUAAAACAUUUUCAUCAUUUCCGAAAGAAAACCUGUGCCCUUAGCCGGUCCCCGCCGUCUUCCCCUCCCCUCCCCUCGGAGCCCUGCAGCCCUAACGGGCUCUGUCUCUACAGGCUUACCCGUCGGGUGGAGGGAAUCGUGCAGUACGUGGCUGUGUGUGUGGCCGGCUCCUUGCACGGUUUGGAGGCUCAUCCCCGUCGUAGCAGGAGUCAGUGCUUCGUGCUUUUCUGUGGCCACAUAGUAUCCACUUUACGGGUACCCACGUCCUUAUCCGGCCAUCACAGUGACGGACACUGGGGUUGUUUCCACCUCUCGUUACAAUGAAGCCACCCUGCACACUGAAGCUUCUCCAGGCACUUCUCCAGCCCCGCUAACUCCCACCUACCCAGCCCGCGCUACGUGCCAGGCUCCAGACUGCACUCUCGCUCAGGCCCCCGAGGGCCGGCCUCCCCAUACCCCGACGGGUGCGGCACAUGCCAUCGUUCCCGUGUUACAGAGGAGGACACCCGAGUCCGGAGAAGUGAGGAGAUUGGUCAACGUCCUGGUGGGAGGAGGACCCCGACACAGGUCUGCUCUGCAACCUGCAACCUCCCGCUAUUGGGCAUUUGGGCAUUUACCCCUUGUUUCGGUGGGUCCUGUGUAUUUAUGGGUCUCCUCGAACUAUAAGCCUCUUCUGGAUGAAGACCACAUCUCUUGGCCCUUUGGUCGGCCGUCGGGGGGUGGGGGGAGCUCUAUGCUUUCUGUCUGCUAAGCAUCCUUUCCCUCACCCCCCUCCUGGCUACAGGAUGGGCACGUGGUUCAGGCCUGGCCAGUCACGGCCCUUCACUCCACUGGCUACAGUGAUUGGCUCAAGGAUGGGCACAGGCUCCAAGCCUGGCCAAUCAGAGCCUUCCUUGGGUCUUUUGCCAUAGCAACGGCUGAGGCCACCUGCUUCCUCUUUGGGACCGGGAGCUAUAAGGACCAUGAAGCCUGGAGCUGCCCCUGGAAAGUUCUUCCUGCCUCCCGGGGACAGUCUACACCAGAAUGCCAUGCAGAUGUUAGAACUGAUGCUGCGGGAAGCCAUUUGAUGGCACCGAAAGAUGUUCGCGAUACCUUCCCCGGGUUUACAUAGCAAGAAGGGACACGGCCAGGGUGGAGAAGCGGUCUUGCAAAGGAUGUCAAGGUGCAGACAGCGAGCCCCGCGUCCCUCCAGGAAGGGAGCCCCGAGCCCCUCCCCACGGCCCGCUGCCAGCCGUGCCCCCUCCCCACGCCUCUCCCUGUUGACUCCCUUGUGGUCCAAGAACCCUCGGCUCUGAGUAAUAAAUGUGCGCUCUCUCGGCGGGACAUGUGUUUCCAAUCAUUCUCCGCAGUGAGUGACCACCGACGGCUGCUGCCUGUCUGUCCCCCACCUCGUACCUUCAGAUCCGCCAUGACCACAG